CGCAAGCGGGGCCGGGACCCGGGCAGAGCGGCACGGAGCGCCGCCGUCCCCCGCCGCCAGCGGUCGCCCGCGCCCGCCCGCGCCCCGCCGAGCGCCUCCCCUUGGCCGCACCGGCCGGGAGCGGGCGGUGGGGGGAGCGGGCGGCCUCCCCGGGGCGGAGCCCGGCGCCAGCGGCGGGGGCGCGGAAAUCGAGGCCGGGGCUCCGUCGCGGCCUUGCUGCUGUUGCUGCGGGAGGAGGCGGGGGAGGCCCGCCGCCGCCGCCGCCCCCGCCGCCGGCCUUUGUCUCCGCUGGGCUGGGUGGACGCGGCGGGGGCAGUUAGAAUGGAACAGACUGAAGGCCCUAUGAGAAAAAGGGAAAGCUAAGGAUGCUGGAGCAGAACAAUGGAUUUCUCUUUCUCUUUCAUGCAAGGGAUCAUGGGAAACACAAUUCAGCAACCACCUCAACUCAUUGACUCAGCCAACAUCCGCCAAGAGGAUGCCUUUGAUGCCAGCAGUGACAUUGCUGAAGAUGGUGGUCAAACGCCAUACGAAACUGCCCUGCAACAAGGCUUUCAGUACCCUACGCCCACGACGGAGGACCUUCCACCCCUCACUAAUGGCUACCCACCAACCAUCAAUAUGUACGAACCUCAAGCCAAAUACCAGACGUACAGUCAGUAUCCCAAUGGUUCAGCCAAUGGUUUUGGUACAGUCAGAAACUUUAGUCCCCCAGAGUAUUACCAAAUGGAAAACUCUAACGCAAGGCCGCAUGAAGUUCUGGAAAAACCUUCCCCUCCACAGCCGCCACCUCCACCACCACCUUCAGUUUCACAAACGGUGAUUCCAAAGAAGACUGGCUCACCAGAGAUCAAAUUAAAAAUAACCAAAACUAUCCAGAACGGCAGGGAAUUGUUUGAGUCCUCUCUGUGUGGGGACCUUUUAAAUGAAGUACAAGCGAGUGAGUAUGCUAAGGCGAAACAUGAAGGGAGAAAAGAGAAAAGGAAAAAAAGUAGCAAGCAUGACUCUUCCCGAUCGGAAGAGCGCAAGCCGCACAAAAUUCCAAAAUUAGAACCAGAGGAGCAAAAUAGACCAAAUGAGAGGCUUAGCAUGCUAUCAGAAAGACCGAGAGAAGAUACAGUGUUGGAGGAUACCCCGGUUCAGCAGUUCUUGCCUUCUCUUCCAACGCAAGUCACCCAUGACAUCAAGUUUCAGGUUGGCGAUCUGGUUUGGUCCAAGGUGGGAACAUACCCAUGGUGGCCUUGCAUGGUUUCAUGUGAUCCACAGCUUGAUGUUCAUACCAAAAUUAAUACAAGAGGUGCCCGUGAAUACCAUGUUCAGUUUUUUAGCAACCAGCCAGAGAGGGCGUGGGUGCACGAGAAGCGGGUUCGAGAGUACAAAGGACACAAACAGUAUGAGCAAUUAUUGGCUGAGGCUGCUAAGCAAGCCAGCAACCACUCUGAGAAACAGAAGAUUCGCAAACCAAGGCCGCAAAGGGAGCGUGCUCAGUGGGAUAUUGGUAUUGCCCAUGCUGAGAAAGCGUUGAAAAUGACUCGGGAAGAAAGGAUAGAACAAUACACCUUCAUUUAUAUAGACAAAGAGCCAGAGGAGGUUCUGUCAAAAGCCAAAAAGACUGCUGCUUCUAAAUCAGAGACUAAGAAGAACCGGCGACCGAAGCCAGCGUUGAACACCCAGGCAGAACAUGCCAACGUGGUAGCAGCAUCGCCUUCAAACGCUGAGGUGCGAAGGCAGAGCCAACGGAGGCAGUCAAGUGUGGAAGAAGAGGAGCCACCUCCUGUGAAAAUUGCAUGGAAAACUGCUGCAGCUAGAAAAUCCUUACCGGCUUCAAUAACCAUGCACAACUUGGAUCUUCAGAAAUGUAACAUGUCUCCAGUUGUUAAAAUUGAACAGGUUUUUGCCCUUCAGAAUGCUGCAGGGGAUGGGAAACUCAUCGAUCAGUUUGUUUAUUCCACUAAGGGAGUUGGUAACAAAGCAGAAAUAAGCGUCAAAGGACAAGAGAAACUUAAUUCUUCAUCAAAUCAGAGAAAUGAAAAAGCAGCAGUGCAAAAUGUGUCCUCUCCUGAAACAACUUCUGGGUCAACAGGUUCUGUAGAAAAGAAGCAACAGAGAAGAUCGAUUCGAACCCGCUCAGAGUCUGAGAAAUCCACUGAAGUUGUGCCAAAGAAGAAGAUCAAAAAGGAGCAGGUUGAAAUGGUUCCACUGACAGCAGUGAAGACAGGAUUGCAGAAAGGUGCCAGCGAGAUUUCAGAUUCUUGUAAACCUUUAAAGAAAAGGAGUCGUGCCUCAACUGAUGUAGAACUGACUAGCUCAGCUUACAGAGAUACGUCUGACUCUGAUUCAAGAGGACUUAAUGAUUUACAGGGUAGUUUUGGAAAACGUUCAGACAGCCCGUCAGCUACUGCCGAUGCUGAUGCUUCUGAUGUGCAGUCGGUAGAUUCUAGCUUAUCCAGGAGAGGAACUGGAACAAGUAAAAAAGACACUGUUUGUCAGAUCUGCGAGAGCUCUGGCGAGUCUCUGGUGUCCUGUGAGGGCGAGUGUUGCAGCGUCUUUCACAUGGAGUGUCUUGGCGUGAAGUCAGUGCCCGAGGAGAAGUUCAUCUGCACAGAGUGUAAAAAUGGAGAACAUACGUGCUUUUCAUGCAAACUUCCUGGCAGAGAUGUGAAGCGCUGUUCCGUCAACACGUGCGGUAAAUUUUACCACGAGGCCUGUGUUCGCAAGUUUGCCACUGCUCUGUUCGAGUCGCGAGGGUUUCGCUGCCCGCAGCAUUGCUGUACUGCCUGCUCAAUGGAUAAGGAUAUUCAUAAAGCAAGCAAAGGUCGCAUGGUGAGAUGUUUCAGAUGUCCCAUUGCCUAUCACUCAGGAGAUGGCUGUAUUGCUGCAGGAAGCUUGUUUGUGUCAUCCCACAUUCUCAUCUGUAGUAACCAUUCCAAAAGGAAUCACUCCUCAUCAGCUGUAAAUGUAGGCUUUUGUUUCGUUUGUGCAAGAGGGUUGGUAGUGCAGGAUCAUUCAGACCCCCUGUUCAGUUCAUAUGCCUAUAAGUCCCACUACCUACUGAAUGAAUCAAAUCGUGCUGAGUUGAUGAAAUUACCUAUGAUUCCUCCUCCUUCGUCAGCUUCCAAAAAGAAAUGUGAGAAAGGUGGAAAACUGUUGUGCUGUGAAUCCUGCCCAGCUUCCUUUCACCCUGAGUGUCUCAACAUAGAAAUGCCUGAAGGAUGCUGGAAUUGCAAUGACUGUAAGGCUGGCAAGAAGCUACGUUACAAGCAGAUUGUUUGGGUCAAGCUUGGAAAUUACAGGUGGUGGCCAGCAGAGAUCUGCAAUCCCAGGUCUGUGCCUCUCAACAUACAGGGCCUCAAACAUGAUAUCGGGGACUUCCCAGUAUUUUUCUUUGGUUCACAUGACUACUAUUGGGUACACCAGGGCAGAGUUUUCCCUUAUGUUGAAGGAGAUAAAAGCUUUGCUGAGGGGCAAACUAGUAUUAACAAGACCUUCAAGAAAGCACUUGAAGAAGCGGCAAAGCGCUUCCAGGAGCUGAAAGCACAAAGAGAAAGCAAGGAGGCAUUAGAAAUUGAAAGGAAUUCAAGGAAACCCCCACCUUACAAACACAUUAAAUCCAACAAGGUAAUAGGGAAGGUUCAGAUCCAGGUAGCUGAUCUGUCAGAAAUCCCUCGCUGUAACUGCAAGCCAUCGGACGAGAACCCCUGCGGGCUGGAGUCAGAGUGUCUGAACAGGAUGCUGCAGUACGAGUGCCAUCCCCAGGUGUGCCCGGCCGGGGAGCGAUGUCAGAACCAGUGUUUCACCAAAAGACUCUACCCUGACGCUGAAAUCAUAAAAACUGAUCGACGUGGAUGGGGUCUCAGGACAAAAAGGAACAUUAAAAAGGGUGAAUUUGUGAAUGAAUAUGUUGGUGAGCUAAUUGAUGAAGAAGAGUGCAGAUUGCGGAUCAAACGUGCACAUGAAAACAGUGUAACCAAUUUUUAUAUGUUAACUGUAACAAAGGACCGGAUAAUAGAUGCUGGCCCAAAGGGGAAUUAUUCUCGUUUUAUGAACCAUAGUUGUAAUCCAAACUGUGAAACACAGAAAUGGACAGUGAAUGGUGACAUUAGAGUUGGACUCUUUGCUCUUUGUGAUAUUCCUGCAGGAAUGGAGUUAACGUUUAAUUAUAAUUUGGAUUGCCUGGGAAAUGGUAGGACUGAAUGUCAUUGCGGAGCAGAAAACUGCAGUGGUUUCCUAGGAGUGCGUCCAAAGACAGCAUUUGCAACGGCAAAUGAAGAGAAGGUGAAGAAUGCAAAAUUAAAGCAAAAGAAACGGAAAAUAAAAACAGAACAGAAGCAGAUGCAUGAAGACAACUGUUUCCAGUGUGGAGAUGGGGGAGAACUAGUCAUGUGUGACAAAAAGGACUGUCCCAAAGCAUACCACCUCCUAUGCCUUAACCUGACUCAACCACCUUUUGGAAAGUGGGAAUGUCCAUGGCAUCAGUGCGACGUCUGUAGCAAUCCUGCAGUUUCGUUCUGCGAGUUUUGCCCUCAUUCGUUCUGUAAGGAUCAUGAGAAGGGAGCCCUGGUGGCAUCAGCGUUGGAUGGCCGUCUCUGCUGUGCCGCACAUGACCCCAAAUCUCCCGUGGCACCUGAGUACUGGAGCAAGAUAAAGUGCAAAUUGGAACCACAGAAUCCUGUAGAAGAAGCAAAUGAGUGAAUUUGCUUAAAAACAAACAAGGGAGGGGGGAAGAGGGGCAAACAGGCGAUGAACUUGAAGAGACUGCUAUGACACAUUCAGUCUUUGUCAUCAGAGCUGUCAUGUGUGAGCUGGGGAUGGGACCAUUUAAUCUUAGCAAGCAGAAGCAGGCAGUGGUGUUUGUUUUUUAUUGUUUGGUCUUUCUUUUGCCCUUGAAUGUGCUACAGCAGCUCUUACUGUUGGAAACCAGAAACGUCUUGGCCUUCAAAGAAAAACGUAGACCUUUCGACAGUGAAAAGAAUAUUCUGUUUAAGAUAAUGUUCUUCGAGUGUAGAAAGCAAAGCAUAGCAACAUAUUUAUUUAUUUAAUUUCUAAAGGGUGUUGAAGAUCUGGUUUUGAUCAGUCAAUGUGUCUUUAAAAGCAAAAUAGCGAAGCCAACGUAAUUUUUAUGUCUAGCUUAUGAAAAGAAUAAAGCCUCCCCACUCUGUGUAACAUUGAGACGCCAUAAAGACAGAUGUGGGUUUCAGACCGGGUGACCCUCAAAUGCCUCUAUUCCAGUACUUAUUUUUAAAGGCAUCUUGAGAAGGUAGGUUAUAUAUCAUGUUAACUUACGAAUAUUAUUGUAAAGCUUUUCCUAUGAGAAAUCAGGUGUAUGACUUCUUAGAAGUGCUUGUAACACGAGAUCUAGCAUUGUUUAAGGAGGGAAGACAUCGUGGUUCCUUGCUCGAGAGCUAUCAUCUGUGUUUGCAGACAGGUGGAAAUUCAGAAGGAGCUUAAUCGCACAGUGGUCAUUUCUUUAUCCCACCUCAUUUGGGAAACCUUCCUAGUUAGGACAGCCUCCCAGCCUCACUGGUCACACACUGCAGCACACUCAGAACUGAAGUCUUAAUCCUGCCAGUGGGAGCUCUGCCAUUGACGUCUUUAGAUGGAGGAUUGUUCUGUGCGUGUGCAUUUGUGAUCUGCCAAGUCUGCACUAAUUUAUAGCCAUCAUAUUAGUUUGAUUUUUUUUUUUUUUUAAUGCUGCCUUCUCAGACUCCUGUUAGCUUUGAAGAAAAUUUGAGCACUUAACGAAUCCAACUCAUGUGCCUGUUUGUUUUGAUUGACUGUUCAGAUUUUUUUUGCUGAGAGAGAUCUUCUAACUUCAGUCUUCAUUGUUAAUGGAGCUAAGAAAAAUCUCAGCACUUCUUCAGUGAACAGGGUAUUUUCUGUCUGGGUAACGCGCCAUGUUCACAGCAGCCAACUUCAGCCUCAUGAGACGUUUCUCUUGGAUUUCCUCUGUUAAUCAGCGGAGAGACAGGAUCUUUCAGUGAGGCUUCUGAAGUGGCUUAGCUAGGCUCCGGCUCCAGAUUUUGUUUUGAAAACCUGUUGUCCAUUUCUUGUGCAAGGAGUUUAGAGGGACUAGUUUCCUCAGGCUGAAAUUAGUCUUUGGUGAACCUCCUCCCCUAGCCCACAGUCUUACAAAGCACUGUGCAUCUCCCCCUGCCCUGGUAUAGCUAGAGUGUACUUUUGACUCGUAUACCUAUAUUAGCUAAUGUCGUGCUAGCUUUUGUUAAUGGGUAUUUAAAAUAAUCCUGAAUGGAAAGAAACAAUACCAAGUGUUGCUGGCAUCUGGCUAAAUUAAGCCUUUGAAAUUAAGAACGUAGUCUCUGGAAAAUUGCUUACGUAAACCUACAGGAACACAGUGACUUCUCAGUUCAAGAAAAUAGUUGGCUGAAAAAGUACAUGUGGUAUCUGAGAACACGUCUUGCCUCUAGCUGGUGUCCUUCUCGUCCUCAAAUUUAUGUACGGGAGGGAGUUUUUUGUGUGUGCAAUUGUAAAAUUACAAAAUACACUACAGUCUCUUCAAGCAGCUACUGUGCCAUUUAACUGAUCUGUCGGUUCAUCCUCUGAACGUCUGCAGAUGCCUUUCCGACAGACUUGGGGUGUCUCGGGUGGCAUAACCCUGCAGCUAUCUCGUGGGUCAGUUUGUGGUACAGAGGGCUACCGGGAUCUAUAAAGCACUUCAUCUUGUGGUCCGUACUACAGUGAAUGUCUGAAACACUAAUCUUGCUUGAAAGCAGUGCUAUAUUUUGGUAUUUUUUACAAAAAAAAAUUUACAAAAAGGAUUUUAUUUUUCUUAACAUUUUAUGUGAUAAAUGUCUCUUUUUAAGCUCUUAUUGGGGGUGUUUAACCUUUUCAGAAAUUCCAAACGUAGCUCUUGCUGCCGUGUCUGUAAGGCCCGAUGUGUUUACUUUGUAUUAUUUAUUAGGCUUGGUAAUGUUCAGAUGAUUUUUCUCUUGGGAAGUCAGAGCAUUCUGAGUAUUGCAGACACGCUGCCGUGUGGGCGUGCCUCCCCGCGUGCCGUGGUUCGGCGGCGAGCGCUCGGCGUGCCAGGGAGCAUCGGCAGCCCCGACCGGCCCUCGCCGCGGGAGACGUGCUGCCGUGGCGUGCCGCGGCUCGCCGCGCGUGUGGGGCUUCACAGGAGGCUUAGAAACCUGCACAGUGCUGCGAACGGAGGCCUGCUGCUGCUCCUGGGCCGUGCCACUUGAUGUCUUUGGUUAACUUUGUUUUCAAACUUCUUACAGGUGCUCCUUUUUUCCACCAAAAAAAAAAAAAAAAAAAAGAUUAAUAAUAGCCAACGGCUGGGCUUGGACUUCAGAGGGAAAAUGGGAGAUUGGUUUAUAAGCUUGUACAACUUAUGAACAAAAAAAUCUGAACUGGAUUUCAUGCUGUUGCAGAGAAGGUGAAUCUUUCAAAAAACUUUAAUAUUCUGAGAUAAGAAAAUACCUGCUUCAAAGUAUCUUGGUAACUGUAGGGGGGUUUGUUCUGUAUGCCAAACACAAAAUGUUAAAAUAGACAUUUUAACCACAUCUUUAAUAUCAAUAAUGCAGUUCCUUUGUAAGGAAGAUUCAACAGGUCUUUUGAUUAAUUGGCAUCGGCAGAGCGGGGAGUCAGCUGCUGAAUUAAAUUUGUGUGGUCUCUAAAAUAAGUGUAUUGGAUAGUUUGGUCAUUCCAUGCCGAGGCGUGAAUCACUGCAGAACUGCUGGUGAUUUUGGUUGAGAACUUAAAUCUGCUGUUUAAGACUGUCAGUUGUUCCUUCACUGGAAUGCGCCGUCACACUUUCUUCCCUUACUUUUCUUUUAAAUUGUUGAGAUGGCACCACGCCUCUGGCGAACACCAGACUCCCGCUCUGUCGCCUGUGCGCGCCGUGUAGUGCAGUGCCUGAGCUGCUCUGCAAAGUUAAUGGGAUUUUGUUGUUUACUGGAGCUUUUACUCUACAGUUUGCACCUUAGCACAGCGCAGACGUUCUGCAGCCCAUGGCCAAACGGUGCAAUGGCUGGUUACUACCAUUUUCUAAAUACAUGGUGCAAGCAUUAGUUAUUGUAGCUUUCAGAUUAUUAGUAUAGACUUGUCCUAUCAAUAGACUGUUGAAGGCAUUUGCAGCUCAGGAAGGAUAAUGUUAAAGGCAAUUUUGUGGGCAAAUUACCUUCUCCGGUCACUACCAUGGUCUUAGAGAAUCUGUUAAAAUGGAGUAAUAGGGCUGGAAUGUUUAAUUUUGGCCUUUCCUCUAAAAAACUUCAUGUAUCUUAGUUUCAGGAUAGAGUGGGAAAGACACAAUUACUGGACGUAAUUAACAAUGAGCAUAAAAUCUGUAUAUAUUGAAACUUUACAGAAAUAUGUGGGUGGGGUGGGGGAGGAGGGUGGGAGGGGAGAUGUCCAACGCUGGUACGAAGUAGUCACUUUAACAUUGAAACCUCUGCCUCAUUGAAUUCAGGGUUUAAUGUACUUGAAGCUCUGCGGUUCCUUAUACAGCUUUUUUUAUUUAUACAUAACUUUUUUUUGUAUACUACAUUGAAAAUGUCUUUGACUUCCCUGAAGUUACUUUCUGCUCCCACUGUACAGUGAAUCUAUGGCAAAUGGGAGAGUUUUUCAGAGCAGCUGUCUCAGACUUGUGUGUGUUCAAGAAGUGUUGCAUGAGAGACGGCAACCUUGGAGUAAUGCUGUCCAUUUGCUUUCAGUUUUCCAUCAACUUUCCCCCACCAUUUAUGUUUGUGUAGCAAAAACAUUUGCACUUACAAUACACUCCUACACUUUGGAUGUAUUCACAAUGUUGUUCCGAUGAGAAAAAAAAAAAAAAAAAAAAAGGAAAAAAAGGGAAAAAAAGAAAAUUAAAAAAAAAAAAAAAAAGCAGUUUCCUAUUAUAUUCUAUUCCUGAGUGACAAGCUCAGGUCCUUAUUACCCCUGUGAGGGGCUAUCUCACUGCUCUGGAGAGAGGGGAGUUGUUAAGCUGAAACUCUGUCUGUGCUUUGCAUAGAAGACUUUUGUAAUUAAUGUGAAAUCAAAAAGGGAAAACACGUACAAAUUUGCCAAAGCCAUUCACUCCUUCACUGUUGCUCGUGUGGUACUACCUGCCGGGGGCCGGCUGGUGGCACCCGGCCCCUCCCAGCAGUUCCCGCUUGCUUUUGGGUUAUCAACAGCCUGGACAAAAAAAUAAAGAUAAAUAAAAAACAAACAAAACAAAACCAGAAACAAAAAAGCAUUUCGUCUUCACCAGUCGAGCUGUAUCUCAUUUCUGGUGUCACUUUUCCUUUUCAAACAGACCAGUCGCGUUGCCACAGAAAACAAGGCGCUAACGUACUGUUUCAGCUGGCUGGUAAUAAGGGUUUUUGUUCGGCGUAGGGGUGUGCGCAUACCUGGGGUUGCUGUGAGAAACGAAACCCGUUUGUUUCCACACGAGUGAUGUUGCACAACACAGAUACCUGCAGAUUCCGUUUCCAUUCCCAUGUACUCUUGAUCUGUAAGGAUGACCUUUGUAGAGUCGUUAUUUCUGUAGACUUUGUUUAUCUGUAACAAACUUUGUAGAUUCUGUGAAAUGUUAUUUUAACGAAAUCACUCAAGUCUUUAAUAGCAAAGCAUCAAUAUUCACUGAAGUCGGUCUCUUAAGAGUUUUUGGAAGUUGACUAGAAGCUCUUGACACUAACGAAGUAGUGUUAAAUUUCCCUGGCGAUGUUCCACUGGGGCAUUACUGUAUUAUGACUUGAUGUUGCCGCAUAGACUUUGAAAUAUAUGAUAUUUUGGGGGUUUUGUUGUUCGGCCUAUGUUCUCUUGCAUAGUGUGAAACCUGUAAAGCUUGGUUAACCUGUAUAUAGAUAGCUGACUGUCGACUAGUUAUAGUGUAUCUAGACUUGCCUGUAAUAUUUUAGCUUCUUACUGAAUGUGUGUGAUGGUAGGAACAUAUAAUUUUUGUACAUUAUAUUUACUGAGAUGUUGCCUUUUUUAUUUUACAAAUACUUUGGAAUUCAGAUGUGGUUUUUGCUUCCGUGAGGAUUCAUUUGGAAAGGUUUUUAACGACAUUCCACUGAUUUGAACUUUUUUGCUUGAGGUUGACUUCAAUAAAUCGUUCUGAAUGUUCCAACGA